CUUCUACAGGCUACUCAACGACUGCAUCUAUCCAUGCAGCAUGCAACGUCGGCAAGUCCUACUAGAUAGGAUCUCUAACUGUAAUUGGUUACAGAGUGUGCGUGCGUGUGUAUCUUCUUCUCCUCAUCCUCCCUGUAACUCUAUAUAUUGUACCCCUUGAGGAUGAAUACAACACGCUGAUUACUUCUUCUAUGCACACUAAAUACAUUCUACAUGGUAUCAGAUUAGAUCCUUCGGCCUCCAUGUCUCCUACCACACCUGCCACCGGCGCGGCCACCCUCGGUGCUCUCUCCGAUGGCACCAGCGCCUCCACGGCCGCCGGCACUACUCCAUCCUUCUCCACUUCCUCAACCUCCUCGUCCGAGUUGGCUGGCUCUACCUCGUCCGGCCCCAACCCGUACGCACUCGGCCUCUUCGGCAUCCGCUCCGUGAUCGACUACAAGCUCGACCUCCACACCGGUCCCUACUCCACCUGGCACGAUGAUAUGGAGCUGCAGGUUGCCAAGUUCGGCCUCCUCCAUCACCUUGAACCUGAUGCCGCUGCUCCGCCCGGUGAUCCGACCUGGCGCCUCCUCGACCUCGACAUCAAAUCGUGGAUCCUGGCCACGAUCUCCGACGAGCUCAAGGCCAUGGUGAAGGGCAAGCCCUCCGCCCGCGAUGUGUGGGCAGCCAUCGAGGCGAUCUUCACCGGCAACCAACGCGCUCGCCAGAUGCAGCUGACCACGGAGCUCCUCCACCAGGUCCAAGGGAACCAGCCCGUCGCCUCCUACUGCGGUCGUAUCAAGGCCAUCGGCGACGCGCUCGCCGACGUCGCGCUGCCCCAGUCCGACGACGCGCUCAUCGUCGCCCUCAUCCGCGGCCUCCACGCCCGUCACAAGAUGACGGCCAAAAUCAUCCAGCGGGAGGCGGCCACGAUCUCCUUUGCGGAGGCUCAGAACAUGCUCGUCCAGGACGAGACGAUGGAGAAGUCCGCCGACCGGCUCACCUCCAACACCGCGCUCCUCUCCGUCAAUCGGUCGGCGCCCUCCGGUGGUCACGGCGGCCAGGGAUCCUAUGGUGUCUCCGGCGGCCCGGGCUCCUCUGGUGUCUCCGGUGGCUCUUCUAACGGCGCCCCCAACCCCGGCAGCUACGGCGGCAGUGGCCUCCCGCCGGGUACUCCAUCGCCCAAUCAAGGUAAACCGAAGCGCAAACGGUUCAGCAACCACGGUGGCUAUGGCUGGUCUCCACCGACUGGCGUCCGUCCUUGGACUGGUGUCGUCCAAGCAUGGCCGCAGCAGCUUGUUCCUCCACCUCGUCCAGGCAGUGGCGGCGCUCCUGGGCUCCUCGGACCUCGGCCCAUGCCACCCCAGGCGUACACCAUGUACGCGCCGCUCCAUCCUCCUGCGCCUUAUGGUGGUCCGGCGGGCUUUGCGCCGUUCCAGUACGGCCAGCCUCCACCGCCGCCCACGUUCCAGCACGGUCUUCCCCAACCCGCCUUCGCCCCGCCGACUGCACCCAGCUUCGAGCAGUCCGCUCUGAUUGGAGCGCUGCAGGACAUGUCGCUCGCCCAGUCCGGCGGCUGGUACGCGGACUCUGGUGCCUCUGCCCACCUCUCGGCAACGCAAGGACCUGCGAACCCGGGCUCUUCUUCUCAGAUGUAACAGCAGCGGCGACCUCUACCCGAUCUUUCCGUCAACAUCUACCGACCCGCCCGUCGCGCUCGUCGCCGCCACCUCCAACCUAUGGCAUCGUCGAUUAGGCCAUCCCGGCGUUUCUUCCAAUUUUAAUAAAUCUUUUCCUUGUAAUAAAACCGACGGCCUAUGUCAUGCUUGUCAAUUAGGAAAACACACGAGAUUGCCCUUUAGCUCGUCAACACGUUUGACUUCCGCUGCAUUUGAGCUUGUACACUGUGAUCUAUGGACAGCACCGACUCCUAGUAUAUCUGGUUGCAAGUAUUAUUUGAUUAUUGUUGACGAUUUCACACACUUCAUGUGGAGUUUUCCUAUGCGUUUCAAAUCUGAUGUACACCCCGUUCUCUCAAACUUUCAUGCCUUUGUUCGCACUCACUUCCAUUGCUCCAUCGGCACGAUCCAAUGCGACAACGGCAAGGAGUUUGACAACGUCGCCAAUCGCACCCUUCUCGCUCCAUUCGGGACUUCUCUCCGCUUUUCUUGUCCCUACACUUCACCACAAAAUGGCAAAGCGGAGCGAGCUAUCCGAACCACUAAUGACGUUAUUCGCACAAUCCUAAUCCAAGCUUCCAUGCCACCGCCCUAUUGGGCUGAAGCCCUCACCACAGCCACCCAUCUUCUUAACAUUCGCCCCACAAAACCCCUCUCUCUCUCCACACCGCAUGAAGCCCUAUUUCGUGU